AUGAAGUUUCUUGCGACCGUGACGGCAUGGGCUGCUACGGCUACAUGUGCAGCCACUCCGUUUGCUCGUAGUGAUGCUGCUGGUUCAUGUUCUGAGGACCUUGGUCAGCUUGGCAAGAAGCUGUCAAAGGCGGCCAAGAUUUACUGUCCUGGCUCACCUGAGUUUGAGAAGGCUACUACUCGUUGGUCUGUUUUGGCCGCGCCCAAGGUCAACAUUGUCGUUGUUCCCGGUACCGAGCAAGAUGUUGCCAAGACGGUCAAGUACGCCAACUCAAAGGACUUGCCUUUCCUCGCCUACAACACAGCUCAUGGAGCCAUCACCACUCUUGGCCGAAUGGACCAUGGCAUAGAGAUUUACCUCAACCAAUUGAACACUGUCGAAGUCGCUGCAGACGGCAAGACCGUUACAAUUGGCGGCGGAACCAUGUCCAAGAAGGUCACAGACACUCUUUGGGCCGCCGACAAGCAAACCGUGACCGGAACAUGUGAGUGCGUUAGCUAUAUGGGUCCUGGUCUCGGAGGCGGACACGGUUGGCUCCAAGGCCAUCACGGUAUCAUUGCAGAUCAGUGGGUCUCGAUGAACAUCGUCCUUGCCGACGGCUCCUUCAAGACCAUCGAUAAGAGCUCUGAUCUUUGGUGGGGUCUCAAGGGUGCUGGACAUAACUUUGGUAUUGUGACUUCUAUCACUUCAAAGGUCUAUGAAAUUCAGCAUCGCGAUUGGGCUAUUGAAACUCUUGUCUUUAGUGGCAAGGACGUUGAGAAGCUUUACCAUGCUGCGAAUGAGCACCUGUUGCGCAAGCAGCCUGAGGGUGUUAUCAACUGGAGUUACUGGGUCCAUGAUCCUACUGCUGACCCUGAAAACCCUAUCAUUCUUUUCUGGCUGAUUCAAGAGGGUGUCAAGACCAUUGACCCCAAGAUCUCCAAGCCUUUCCACGACCUCAAGCCCAUCGCCAUCACUCCCGAGUCCGGAGACUACCGUGACCUGGCCCGAUGGACUCAAAUCGACAUUGAUGCCGUCCCAUGCCAGAAGAACGGCCUCGUCAACCCUCGCUUCCCUCUUUACCUCCAAGAGUACAACGUCACAGCCAUGAAGAACGCAUGGAAGCUCUUCGCUGCCGAGACAGGUCCCAAGUCUCCCUUCAACACUUCCAUCUUUAUGUUCGAAGGAUACUCCACCCAAGCCGUCCGCGGCACCAACGCCAAGGACUCUGCUUUCGCCUUCCGUCACGAGAACAUCCUUACUGCACCUUUGAUUACCUACAAGCCUGGUGAUGCUGCGCUUGAUAAGAAGGCAGCUAAGAUUGGUAACGACUUGCGCCACAUCCUCCACCGAGCUUCUGGCCAGUGGAACAUGAGUGUCUACGUCAACUAUGCUUACGGCAAUGAGAAGCCUAGCGAUUGGUAUGGCAGUGAGAUUUGGAGACAGAAGCGUCUGCAAGCACUGAAGAGCAAGUAUGAUCCUGAGGGCAAGUUUAGCUUCUUCGGACCUGUUGCGUAA